UUGUCUGACUAUGUAUGGAUGUGUCUAAAUAUAUAAACUUGUUUUUGCUUUUAUAGUAACAGAAUUGGUUUGCUGAAUUAUACAUCUGAAGAACCAAUCAAUUAGAGAAAAUAUGUAAUAAAUCAUGUCAUCUUUGUCCUGCUCCUAUUCUAUAAAAACUGUUUUACUCUACUUGUCGGGGAGAUUCUCCUGGCCAUGAUUAAAGCAUAUUCAAAGGCAUUGUCUGGAGUCUGUCUGGUUACUGCUCCACAGCAGGUUAGUGGAACAUUAGAGAGUGUUCAUAGAGGACGAGGAGGAGACAUGCUAGAGGGUAAUUUUUUUAAGCGUCAAUCCGGAGACUUUUAGGGUUGUCAGUUAGAAGAUGUCCCAGGUAAACCUAAAUCAGGUGCGUAGGGGAAUUUCUACCACACUGCCUUUGCUUUUUAUUUUUUAUUUAUUAUCCUUAAAAUAAAUAUAUCCAAACUGCUGUAGAUUAUAUUACUUUUACAAAUGUAUACCUUUUUGGAAGUGUAAUUAGAAUAAAAAAAGUAUGCAAUGCUUUAAUAGUUGAAUUAAAAAGUAUAAAGUUGGCACACCCUGGCUCCAAAAAUAUAGAAAUUGAUUGACAGACUUUCACAGGUGACAUUUUGAGCACACGCUGUUCAACAGACCUGAGCCAGGAGACGAACGGUGAGUAAGCACAUCUAGUGCAACAUGAUUAACUGUUUCUCAUUCCAGUAAUUGGCAUGAAGAGACAAGAUAAAAGCCACUGAGCAACUGGGGAAGGUGAGAGAGAGACUACGGUGAACUUGUGUCUGUGCAUCUCUGUGGAGAACGAAGCCAAAGGAACUAUUAUAUUGAGGCGUCAGUGCUGUUUUGUUGAGGAAACUGUUGAAUAAAAGUACACCUCAGACGACCCUGUCUUGUCCUUCUUGCCCUGAAGAACUGUCACAACAAUUAUGAGGAGUUUCACUGCAGCAUUUUUUAAUUAUAAACUUCUGUAUAUGGCACAUGUGACAGCAUUAAAACAAAUAAACUGUGUGAGCAACCUGAUGUCCUUAAGGACUGUGAGCAUUCAGAAGAGGACAUGUCCACUGAUCUCUGUCCAGCCUUGUCGUGGGCUGGUGGACGAGAAGUUUCAGAUUGCUGUAACAAAUUUACCACCAAGUCAAAAGGUGACACUACACUCUCUACUUCAAUCAGAGGACAAAGACCUCUGGGAGGCGUUUGGACACUACAUCAGUGAUGAACAUGGAACAGUUACAGGGACCAAAGAUGAAAGUUUGGGAGGCACUUAUGAAGGAAUCGAGCCAAUGGGGUUGCUGUGGAGCAUGAGACCUGUACAAGGAAGUCAACAAGGACUCAGGAUACGUAAGAGGGAUGUUCUCACAACAACGUUAGUUCACAUUUCAGUAUACAGUGGGCAUCUAUCUCAAGGCUUCAGCCAGAAAACACCUUUGGCAACCAGUGUUACAGAGCGCUGGUAUGUAGCACCAGGAGUGAAAAGGGUGAACAUCCGGGAGGAAGAAGUACAUGGAACAUUAUUCCUACCUCCAGGUCCUGGGCCAUACCCAGGAGUGCUGGACCUGUGGGGAGGAGGUGGUGGUUUGAUCGAGUACCGCUCUGCCCUGCUUGCAUCACAUGGCUUUGCAUCCAUGGCACUUGAUUACUUUGGUCCAAAAGAGCGGAGAUUGCAAGAUGUUGAUAUUUCUUAUUUUGAGAGAGCGUACCAGAUCCUGAGGAAUCAUCCAGUGGUACAGAAGGAUCACCUGGCUGUGAUUGGGCUGUCAUUUGGAAGUAUAAUCACACUCGGUAUUGUGGCCUACUCCAAGAUCAUCAAGCCCCAGUGCUGUGUGUGUAUCAACGGAAGUCACCUGAUUCCUUUUGAUAAAUCCCUCUUUGAAACCCUCGAGGAGAUGAAAAAGAAUAUAGAUAAACUACAUGUGAAUAAGGAGAACCAGUUAAUUCACAGAGAUAUCUUUUCAACUCCCCCAGACCCACCAAUAAAAGUAGACGUUGGGAGAAUAAAGUGUCCACUUCUGUUGGUGAAUGCUGCUGAUGAUCAGACUGUUCCUGCAGUUGAAUCUGCUGAAGAUAUUAAGAUGAUGAUGGAGAAAGCAGGAAAUAGGCACUUGUUGGAAGUCCUGACUUAUCCCAGGGCUGGUCAUCUAAUUGAACCACCAUAUUCGCCUCACUUUCGUGCAACUAAGUACAACCUACAGUUGACAAAACAGAGAGUUGUCAUGCUAUGGGGUGGACAAACCAAACCACAUGCAUACGCACAAGAGGAUGCCUGGAAUAAGAUAUUAGCAUUUCUGUGGAAGCACCUCUACUUUAAUUCAAUACUGCAUUAAAGAAAAACCUCUAACGGUCUCAUUUCAGAUGAGUAACUUCAUUUUAAGUUGAACCCCUUUAAAUUCAAAAGUUUUAAAUCUGUAUUGCUUUUAAUUAAUGACAUGAUGAUGUUAUUGAUGGCUGGUUUGAGAAGAAAAGGUUUUGUAUUUUAGUUCAUUUUCAACUGAAUUUGUGGAGAGAUGCCUUUCUUAAAGAUUUUAUAGUUUUGUUUUAGUUUAACUUCCAUGUGGAUGGACACUGAGAUGAGAUCAGGGGUGUCAAACCCAGUACCUGGAGGGCUAGAACCCUGCAGAGUUUAGCAUCAAACUUAAAAAGAUAGUUUACCAACAAAUGAGAACUAUUUACUCACCCUCAAGCCAUGCUAGAUGUAUAUGACUUUCUUCUUUCAGACAAACACAAUCAGAUAUAUAUUUAAAAAUAUCCUAGCUCUUCCAAGCUUUAUAAUGGUAGUGAAUUGGGGUUGUGAUUUCAAAGCCCUGAAAAUGCAUGGUUGCAUUUUUUGGGGCUUCAAAAAUUGCAUCAUCUGUUACAUAGCUCUGUAUAAACUUGCAACACUUUCUUUUUGCAACACUAUAAGUGUGUCCCAUUGGGUAGUCAAAAGUUCUACACACAAUUGCGGUCUUCACACCCACUUGAAAACUUGGGCCAAAUACAGGAAACAUGUAAUGUAAGUUCACAAGUUGUCAAGUGCAAACAAGUGUAGGUAUUUGGAUAGGCCAGAAAACUACAGGUAUAAGCUUCAAGGUAUAGGCCCCCAGUAUGUGUUGGAACUAAACUCUGUAGGACUGUGGCCCUUCAUCAGGAGCUAAGUUUUACACCCCUGCCUUAGAUGAACAAACAUACACUUCAUACUACAAUACAUCAGGGUUGUGUAGUCCAUAUAAGCCACGAAUUCUCUGCAUACCCAAGCCAUUUGAGAGAAUGACUUUGUGGACUCGCUAAUCAAUUAACAAUAUAAAUUACUAUAAAUUCCCUUGUCA